CGCAAAGGGAAAUAUCCACCCUCUCUCUCUCUCUCUCUCUCUCUCUCGUGGGUGGGCGUCCGUACGUGUCUCAUCCUCUCCCUAGCUCCUCACCCGUGGUUCGUGAUUAUGGAGGAGAAUCAAGCUGAGAAGCUUGCUCCGGAGAGCAGCGGCGGCCCGGUGCGAACGAUCUGCGUCUUCUGCGGCAGCAGGCCGGGGAACCGGCCGUCCUUCAGCGCUGCCGCGCUCGACCUUGGAAAGCAACUGGUCGAAAGGCAGAUCAACCUGGUCUACGGUGGCGGCAGCGGCGGCCUGAUGGGCCUGGUGUCCAAGGCCGUCUACGAAGGCGGCCGCCACGUCCUCGGGGUCAUCCCCACCGCCCUUCUACCUGAAGAGGUGUCAGGGGAGACGUUGGGAGAGGUGAAAGUGGUCAGGGACAUGCAUGAGCGCAAGGCGGAAAUGGCGAAGCAUGCCGAUGCUUUCAUCGCCCUGCCAGGCGGUUACGGGACUAUCGAAGAACUGCUGGAGAUCAUAGCGUGGGCGCAGUUGGGGAUCCACAGCAAACCGGUGGGGUUGCUCAACGUGGACGGCUACUACAACAGCCUGCUGUCGCUGUUCGACAAGGGUGUCGAGGAGGGUUUCAUCGACCCCAAGGCACGGAACAUCUUCGUCCUCGCUGACACCGCCGCGGAGCUGCUGACUAAGCUUACCAUGGCGCGGCUGACAGUGGCAGCCGACGAGGACGAUGGUACUACCCCCGGCCCCGGAGGAGACGAAGACGAAGAGAAGGGAGCCGCCGCUGGCGUCAAAAGGAAAAGAACGACCUAGACUGUUGUAUUCUUGCAUUGUGUUUCCAUCUAUAUGUAUGUAUGCUUUUUUAGUUUUGUUGUUAUCUUGAUUUCAAGUAGUCGAUCUGCUGCUUGUUUUCUGCCCUUCUUAGAUUUAUUUUCAUUCCUACAUGCAAUGCAAUAAGUGGAUCCUGUAUGAUAACCUCAAGCUAGCAUCUCCUAACUAGUACGUCAAGCUGUUGUGUGUA